CCGUAUUAAGAGCCUUACUUCCAUUCUCGGUUCCAUGGAUGAGGAGCGCUUUUUGUGCCCUGUUCGGGCUCUCUGCCACUACUUACAACGGACUGCUUCAGAGACAAGGCCCAGGAAUCUGUUUGUUGCAGUUAAACGCCCUUCUCGACCUAUGUCGAAAGCGGCCAUCUCAUACUUCCUCAGGGAUACCAUCAAGUCUGCCCAUGAGGCUAUUUCUGACUCUGUCUGCCUCGAGGUCAAUGCCCGUGCCCAUGACAUCCGUGGCAUUGCUGCCUCCAUGCUCCUCUGGGAAAACUGCUCGGUUCCGACCAUCCUGAAGGCAGCACGCUGGAGGACUCACUCGGUCUUUGCCGACCAUUAUCUCCGCGAUAUAGUGCGGAAGGAAGGCGACGUUUUUCCUGGGUCCAGUUGUUGCAGCCGGUCACAUUGUGGGCUGACAACUACCACAAGGUCCUCCUUGCUCUGGGGUAACGCUUCGGCUCCCUCAGGUGAACACCCCAGUGCUCACUUACACUGCUCGUCUUAGUUGAUUGGGUCAGUAGCCGGGGUUCUCUCCUCUGCGUCAGGGUAUUGAGCACGCUCCUGGAACACUCAUCCCCUGACCCCUAAGGCCUGCUCCCUUUUAGACACACGGGUUAGGAGGACCUCCCAAACCCUCAGCCGAGCCCGCUGGCACCCCUAUGCUGCCCGGCCUCAGCCAAGAGUCAGGUUCUCUCCCUUGAGAAAUAACUGACGGUUGCCCACGCAGUGUGCUGGCGGCAGCAAUGAGCGCCGCGCUGCCAGGCGUAGCGCUAAAGCGGGUGGUUUCUCGGCGAAAAGGUAUGUGGAGCAGUGGAA